AUGAUGCUCUUCAAAAAAUACCAUGCUUUCGCUUUGUCUAUAGUCUGGGCGCAAAUUGCAUGUUCUUCACGAUUUGAGGACCAGAAAAUCCUUAGUCAAUCCCUCAGGCAGACCGAAUUCUGCUCAUCGGGAUGUCUGCCCGUCGCCAACUCAACGAAGUCAUUCUGGAUCGACUCUCCAAAUGCCAAUCCUCUAGCUACGGAAGGCAGUGGAGGUACCCUUACUACAGACGCAGACGUCUGUAUAAUCGGGUCUGGGAUGACUGGUGUUUCAACCGCGCAUCACCUCUCCGAGCUGCUGGAACGCAGUUCUGCCCCUCCGCUCAAGGCAGUUAUCUUCGAGGCAAGAGACUUCUGCUCUGGCGCGACUGGCAGAAACGGAGGCCACUUGACCCCUCGCGCCUUUCUAGAGUUCACUACCUAUGCUGAGCUUUAUGGCGAGGAGGAAGCCAUGAAGUCACUCACUGUGGAACACCACACAGCAAGCGGUAUUGUCGAUAUCAUAGAAUCCCACAACCUUACAGUUGACCUCGAUCUUGUCGAGGGUGGUCAUAUUACUCUGUUCUUUACCGAAGAGAGUGAGCGAGAGGCCAGGAUGGACUAUGCAGCUGCGGACGCGGCUGGGGCCGACCUCAAUGACGUCGAAUGGAUGACCCAAGAACAGGUAUCAUCUAAAUUUGGGGCACGGUAUCCUGGCGUCAAGGUCCCGGCGCACAAUCUGUGGCCUCUAAAGUUCGUGACAGGAAUGUACAACAUCACGAAGCUCAACUCGAGCAAGUUGUCACUACACCUCCAUACCCGUACUCCCGUGACAUCCAUGUCGCCUCUGGAGUCAGACCCAAGAGACUCCCUGUCUCGUCGCUGGAAGCUUACGACGCCCCGGGGAUCAACCUCUUGCACAUACGUUGUGCACGCGACCAACGCCUACGCAUCUCACCUCCUGCCCCAGAUGCGUGGCGAUCAAGGGAUUGUGCCUACACGCGGCCAGAUAGUCGCAAUUCGGGCGAAUGCAUCUGCAGAGGAGCUCACCAAGGCGUCAUGGAGCGCAGAGCCCGGGACCGAAUACUGGUUCCCGCGGCCAGUGAACAGGACGACUGAGCAUCCCUUGGUAAUUCUCGGUGGUGGUAGACACCUCACCGGGCCCAAACGGGAGAGGUACGUGACCGACGACUCGGCUCUGAAUCCUGUGAUUAGUCGCGCUCUGCGGGAGUACUUGCCAGACGUAUUCCCGGGUAAGUUCGAUCCGGACCAGGAACCUGAGAUGGAAUGGAGCGGGAUCAUGGGAUAUACCGCCACUGGGGACCCUUUCGUCGGACCAUUGGGCGACGGAUAUGGCGGUCAGUACGUCGCCGCAGGGUUCCAUGGCCACGGCAUGCCCCGAGCUUUCGCCUGUGGGGAAGCUGUGGCCCAGAUGAUCAUGUCGAAUCUCUCGGGCGAGACAUGGUCCCCUCCCGACUGGUUACCACGCAGGUAUUUGACUUGGGAAAAGACCUAAUGUCUGACCCUGUCCGAAGACGAAAUACGUCGAGUAUCUGUCCGUGUAUCUGAAAUCUUGUAUGCGACCGGUGACCCUGUUACCUCGAUCGCUGCGGGUCUCGC